AUGGCGAACGUGUCCGACGCGCGGGACAUGGAAAUCCCAAUGGCGGCCGGCGAAACGGCUGCGGAACACCCAGAGGAAGGCAAUGUGAUGAAGGAACUCUUGGAUCGUCCCUACAUCAACAAACACACGGGCCUCGAUUUCCUGGUGAUGUGCUUCAUGGGCUCCGUCUUGGGCCUGCUGUCCAUCCCCUAUUGUGCUGGGGUGGAGGACCUCCCCAAGUUCUGGCUCAGACACUUCGGGCCUGCAGGUUUUGUGGAGGAGAAUUUGGAGCUCAGCAGCCAGAUCUUCUUUCGCCGAGGGGGCGCGAGUUGGAUCCUGAUCUGCUGGGGCUUUUGUACAGCCGUAGGCGUUUUGAAAGUCCUUGUCAAGCUGGACAAGUUUCCGUCCUUCAUCGAUGAGUUGAAACAUCAACACGUGGACCCACUGGUGAAUCUCAAGGUGGUGAUCUGUUGCAUCGCGUCUCUGAGUGCGGGUGCUGUGAUGGGUUUGGAGGCAGGUCUUGGCUCCGUGGGUGCUGCGCUGGGCUUCCUCUUGUGGAAGCUCGCCGAGAAGAUCUUGCCCUCAACAAGCGACACCUUAUCGGACCAGCGGAGGCGGAUCUAUAUCUUGGCAGGUUUGGCGGGUGCCUUUGGGACCAUCUUCCCUGCACCGGUGGUUUCGGUGAUUUUGGUCUCCGAAAUCGCCACGGCCGGGACGGAGCGCAGCGUUGCCGAGGAGGAGUUCAUGACAGGCAGACGGCUUCCCAAAAAGGUCUUCUUCUAUUUGGUACCUGUCGCCGUAUCUGCUUUCGUGGUGACCUAUGCUGUGAAUUAUGCCAUCACCAAGUCGCACAAGAUCCCGCCGCCUCUGUAUGACAGGGGCUAUGACAACCUCUCAGUCUUCACGGGUGUGGGUCUGGGUGCCAUCGCAGCGGUGGCAGUGGUGAUUUUUCUGCUGAUUGGAGCGCUGAUGAAGGCGAUCUUUUCCUUGGUGGGUUCGCCCUUGGAACGAAGGUUGGGCACGCCAACCCGCCAGAUCGUGACCGCCUCCCUGGCCGGGCUCAUCACUGGGGUGGCCAUCUACCUCUUCCCCUUGGCGUGUGGCAGUGGAAAGGAUGGCAUGAUGCCCACGCGGGCCCUGAGUCACGCCGAUAAGAUCACGGUGCUGGAACUCUUUGGUCUGGCGCUGGCAAAGGUGGUGGCCUACUGGGCAUGCGCGCAUGGUGGCCUAGUUGGAGGAAUCUUUUACCCCUUGCUCUACUUCGGUUUGACCCUCGGGGAGAUUUGUGCCAAGGUCUUUCACAUUGACUACUUGGUGGCUGAGCCCGUGAUGAUCGGUGCCACCCCCGGAGCCUUACUGCCGGCGCCCAUCACAGCGUUGGCCUUCCCUGUUUGCAUGUUCGUGACCGGACCCACACAGACCGUGCCAAUUCUCACAGCCAUCGUCAUUGCCAACGCCAUCUUGGUGGGUUGGGAGAUCUUGAGAUCUGACGCUGAGCAUGCGCGGCACAUUCGAGACCAGGAGUGGCGGGAACGGGAAGGUGCCAUGGACCCAAUUGAAGAGCAUCUCAUUCAGAAUCACGUCAGCACCUUGCAUCGAAGAGGGAAGCCGAACGCGAACCAAGCAGAUGCCUUGGUGCGGAGCUCGAGAAUGGAAUCCUUGCUGAAGCGUAUGUGGCCAGAAGAACCCGAGGUGGCGCAGUUCAUGGAGUUCGUCUUCGCAGAGUUUCGGCUGUCAGAUCUCCUGGAGGAUGACAUCGUGGGUUCAGGUCGCGGCCGCAAGGCGCUACUGAAGCGUUUGCGGCGCUUCUUUGAGGAGCUCACCAGCUGCCGAAGUGAGGAGAUGAAGGCGGAGCCAGCCAACAGUGGAGAAAUCCUCGGCCUUGAUGAACCUUUACAGAUCGUUGGGGCGUCCAAGACCUUGGGAAUCCUUGGGCCCUCUGAUGCUUUCAAGAUGAGUGCCACUGGCAAGGUGUCGCGGGCCUCAUUCCUGGAAGGCUUGCAGCGUCUGCGCUACGAUCAGUGGCAUUUGGACGACCUCUUCUCCAGGACGGAUCACACUGCAGGGAUUGAUCGCGAUGGUUCGGGGGAUAUCACCAUCGAAGACUUUUUGGGCUUUCUGAAGGAGGCGGGUCCGGGUGGCCGUUACGCCAAGCCGGUGGUCGCGCAGACUAUGCCUGACCUGUGGCAUCCUGGAGUUCGUAGAGAGCGGCGCCGGUUGAACCACAGUUCCAUCGAUGGCUCCGCGAAGUUGUCGCAGCUCAACGACUGGUUCAGCGAAGACAGGUCAGCGCAGCGAGAACGGCAGAAGAGCGCUCGUGGGAGUCGACCCAUCACCUCCCCGAGUACCGUGAAGCUCCUGUCCUCCGCCUCGGUGCCCACGCUCCGAUGGGCACUACUAGCAGGUGGACAGGCCAACCUGGGCCGCUUGGGGGUGUUCAACAACCCCAAGUCUCGACACCAACAGUCCAGAGAACUGAUCUAUAGCUACGAUCCCGCACCCGAUCUGGAGUUGGAAUCCAAGGAAUUCUUAGAGUCAAGGAGCAUUGACGAGCUGGCCGGCAAUGUGGCCACUCAGAACGAUCGCAUCAGCAUCGCUUUGGUGAAGGUCUCAGAGCCUACUAGUGAACCCUGGCUCACGCUGCACUAUGACGAGUGGAUGUGCGUGUUGAAAGGCCGGAUGGUCCUUCUCCAUGGUGACUUAUCGAGCGUGGAGGUCCUAGCCGGACAGACGGUGUUCAUCGCCAAAGGAGAACGCUUUCGUCCCACGUUUCCCGAAGGCAAUACAGAGUACAUUCCGGUCUGCUUGCCAGCUUUUCGUCCGGAUCGCUGCAUCCGAGAAGAAGAUGCCGACAGCGAUGUCAGCAACAAGCUGCAGGAAUUGCAUGGUGCAAAGACAGGAACGGCCGGAUACUCUGCUGAUGGCGUGGCGACUUCGCUGGCCCCUGGAGAGGAUCCAGAACCAGAGGUGAUGUACCACAUGUGUGACAAAGCACUCUGGGAAGCAGCGAAGAAAGCAGAUGUGGCCUACUUUCCACCCACCUUUCAAGCCGAUGGCUUCACUCACGCUACCGCGGUGCCCUCUCGGUUGCUCGAGGUGGCGAAUCAUUUCUACCAGGACCAGGUGGGCGAGUGGAUCUGCCUUCGCUUCCGACGGUCCGCCCUGCUGCGACUGGGGAUCAUCACCAAGGACGAACAGGCCAAGCCCGUUGGGGAGAAAGGCGUGGAUGCAAAGGCAGCGGCUUUUGUCUGGCCACAUGUCUUCGGUGGCAUCCCUCCUCAGGUGGUGGAAGAGGUGUUCCCCAUGGAACGUCAAGGAACCGCCUUUGUUGGAAUUUUGGGUCUCACCAAGUUGAAGCGUGUCUUCAAGCUCGCCACUAGCUCGGAAGUGCAACGGUUUAAAGGGCAGAGACGCGUCUGCUCGGACUUGGACCAGAAGGACGGCUUCGUUCACCUCAGCGAUUCUUCUGCAGCUCCCAAUGUGGCGCGUAUGUUUUUCGCCAAUGUGGAGGAUUUGAUGAUCCUGGAAAUUGAUGCCGAAAAGAUCCCGCAGCCAGCCAAAUGGAUCCAGGGAAAAAUGACGGAUCCUGAACCUUCUGCUGAUGUGAGGCAGCAGGCGCCCAGUGUCAUCCACUAUUUGUUGCCUGAGGGCUGCGUUCACGUCUACGGCGACGCCACGAACGCCGAAAGCGGCGUGCCUUGGGAGGCAGUGGCGCGCUGCGAAGCUGUGCCAUGGAAG